AUGUCUGAUAAUAGUGAACUGACAAAAAAAAGACGUUUGGAUGAAAGUAAUCCAACUAAGAGUGAGACACCAAGUAUUGAGAAGGCUCAAUGUCUUGUAUGUAAACAAUCAAAAAUUGAUAAAUUCGUUUCACGCAAAGAAGGAAAUACAUCAUGCAUUAUAAAACAUUUGCAAUCAGCACAUCCUAUGAUUUGGCAAAAAGAAUUAAAUGGGAUAAAAAAACAAAAUGUAUUAGAACCUGGUCAAAGAACACUUUUUCAAACACAGGAAAGAAUAUCAAAGCAGGACCUUCUUCUCAUUAAAUUGCUGGCUAAAAAAAAAUUGCCAUUUGAUUUUUUUGAUGAUGACAUUACGCGGACGUUUAUCCAGUUUUUAAAUCCAAACAUGGAACUACCUUCUAGAAAAAAAAUUCAAGCAAUGUUUUUUUCUGAAUUUAAAAACCAACAAGAAAGGAUUAAAACAAUUAUACAAAAUAAUGAAUCAAAGUUUUCGUUUACAAUAAAUGGUUCGGCUAAUUCAAAAGGAAAGUUUUACUAUGGUAUAACUUGUCAUUUUAUUGAUGAUAACUGGAAAAUAAAUUCUUUCGCUUUAGAUUUUCUUUCUUCUAAAGAAAAAGAUAAUGGUAUUGACAUGGCACAAUUAUUUUUCAAUUGUUUAAAAGAAUAUAAACUCCAAGACAAAGUAGAGGGAAUAACUUUUAAUAAUGCAUCAGCGAAUAUUAAAUUCAUGAAUGAAUUAGUGACUUUGAUGGAAAAUUCUGGUUUUCAUUUUGAUAAGGAAAAUCAACGUUUUUGUUGCGUAUCUUACGUGUUAAAUCUUGGUGUGCAAGACCUGCUCAAAGCUAUGCAUGUAGAAAAUGAUGGUGGUAAUGAUGAUGGUGAUGAUGAUGAUGAUGAUGAUAAUGAUCAUGUUAUUAAUGAUAGUGAUGAUGCAUCAACCAUGUCUAGUGAUGAAAAUGACGAUGAGUAUUCAAGUGACGAUGAUUCUGUAUUUAAAAUUAGAGCAACAGAUCAUUCAGACAACCUAGAUAAUAAUUUUUUUGCCAAAUUAAAUCCAUCAAAAGCCAUUUAUAAGUUGAGGAAGACUUUGGGUAAAAUUGAACGGUCUGAGAUUUUACAAAAUGCACUUAACAUUAGUUGUACACUUGUUAACAUCGAAUAUAUCAAGCCAGUACUAGAUAUGUCUACAAAAUGGAAUUCAACAUACGAUAUGAUUGAAUAUAGUUUAAAAUUAAAAAAAGGGUUGAACUUGUUGUGGAGUGUAGACAUUAGUUUAUGGCAAAAGUUCACAUUGAGUGAAAAUGAGUGGGACAUAUUAAAUCAUAUUUAUGAAUUUUUAAGACACUUUAAACAUAUAUCAAAAACAUUAGGAGGCAAAACAUAUGUCACUCUGCCAUUGGCCAUCAUUGCUAUCAACAUGUUAUUUGAUAAAAUUGACACAAUUGUGAACGAGUUGGACAAAAAAAUAUAUCGGUCUAACGUUGAUGAAACUUUAAUACUCGGCUUCCAGGCAGCUCGUGAUACAAUGAUGAAACAUUAUAAUCUGACGAACUGGGUUUAUUGUGCUGUGUUGGUUCUUGAUCCACGUCACAAAGUGAAGAUUUUUUCUUCCACUACAUGGGUACAUGAAAUGGAUUCACAAGAAAUCGACAAUAAAAAUGAAGAUAAAAUUGACAUUACGUCAAUUUUCGAAGAUACACCGAUGCAUAAAAAUUAUCAAGACGAAUUGGACGAAUAUUUAGCGAUAAAGAGAGCUGAAAAGAACCAAGACAUAUUAGAGUGGUGGAAAAAUCACCAAGAAACUUUUCCAACACUAGGACGUAUGGCAAGAGAUUUGUUCUCUAUUAUGGCUACAACAGUUCCAUCAGAAAGACUUUUUUCUCUUUCUGGUUCAAUUAUGGCAGAGUCAAGUGGUUCAAUGAAUGAUGAAUCAGCAAGAAUGACAUUGUGUCUUCAUUCUUGGUACGAUAUUUAG